AUGCGGGAGCUGCGCUCGUCCGCCUUCUGGAGGGCCGUCCUGGCCGAGUUCCUGGGCAGCCUCCUCUAUGCCCUGCUGGGGCUGGGGGCCUCCCUGCGCUGGGCCCCGGGCCCCCCCAGCGUUGUGGGGGCCGCCUUGGCCUUCGGGCUGGCCCAGACCACCCUGGUGCAGGCGUUGGGCAAUGUCAGCGGGGGUCACGUCAACCCGGCCAUCACGCUGGCCUUCCUGAUGGCCUCGCAGCUCUCCCUGCCCCGUGCCCUGGGUUACCUGCUGGCCCAGGUGCUGGGAAUGCUGGCCGGAGCCGGGGUGCUCUAUGGGGUGACCCCCGGCCCCGUCCGUGGCACCCUCGGCCUCAGCGCGCUGCACCCCGGCGUGGGCCCGGGCCAGGGCACGGUGGUGGAGCUGCUCCUGACCGCCCAGUUCGUCCUCUGCGUCUUCGCCAGCUUCGACGACCGCCACGACGGGCGCCCGGCCAUGGCCGCCGUGCCCGUCGGCUUCUCCCUCGCCCUCGGCCACCUCUUCGGGAUCCACUACACGGGCGCCAGCAUGAACCCCGCUCGCUCCUUCGCCCCCGCCGUCAUCACCCGCAACUUCGCCAACCACUGGGUGUACUGGGCGGGCCCGCUGCUGGGUGCGGCGCUGGGCGCGGUGCUCUACGAGUUCGCGCUGUGCCCGCGGCCGCGCAGCCUGGCCGAGCGCCUGGCCGCCUUCAAGGGAGAGCCGCCCGCCCCCACCGCCGUCACCGCCGUCACCGCCGCCGCGGCCGAGCCGCCGCCCGAGCCGCCGGCAGAGCCGCUGGAGCUGAAGACGCAGGGGGCUGUAACGGGGCCCGGCCGGGGCGCGGCCCCGCGCCCGCCGCUGCUUUGCUGUGACGGGGCCGCCGCGGUGCGUGUGGUGCGUGUGUGUGCGGCGCGGCGCGGCGGGCGGGCGGCGGCGGGGCCCCGCUGCUGCCGGGAACCGGCCAACCGGGCUGCCCGGGACCGCCCGUACCGGGCCGGGGCCGCCCCGCCCCGCCGCGGCGGGACUUCUGUGUUCGGUGAAUUAAACCUGCUCUUUUAUUUUGGGUGCGAGCGGGGCGGGGCCUCGGCCCGCGGGAACUGGGGCAGUUGUGUAACGCCGCCCCCGCGCCGGGACCGGGAGCGCGGCCGUGAGGGCGGCGGGGACGGGGCGGCGGUGAGCGGGAUGGGGGGGACCGGCAUCGGGGCGCCCAGGGGGUCCGGGGGCGUGGAGUGUCCCGGGACCGCCCGGGAGCGGGGAUUGGGGGUGAUCCGGGGUCACCGAAACCGGGGGGGUGUUUCGGGAGCGGAGGGGGACGUGAUACGGGAUCGGGGGAACCGGGUGCUCCGGGCUCUGGAGGGUGUUCCGGGAUCGGCGGGCGCUCCGGGAUCAGGGGGGUCCGGGGAAAAAUGGGGGUUGAGAUCUGGGAUCGGGCGGGAGGGCGGGGGUGUCAGGAAUGCUCCGGGACCGAGAAGGCACCGGGACCGACUGGGACCGGGGUUUAGUCCGUGA